CAGAGAGAGAGAGAGAGGGAGAGAGAGAGAGAGGCAGAGAGGUUGCUGAGUGACUGACAAGCCUGUCAACCUGGUGGAGUUUAAAUCACUCUGGCUGGAAUUAAGACAAUGACAAAGUUCUGUUUGUGAGUGUUGAACUGGAUUGGACCUGAUUAUUUCACUGACAGAGAGGAAAGCUCUGAGUCCUGUGGACCCCACCACUAAUAGACUUGACAGACGGGAAUUUCCCUCCUCAACUAUGGCUGGCUGGAGCCGGGGGCAGAUGGUCGCUCUGAGAGUCUGAGCAGUACUCAGGAAAGAGUAGCGAGAGGAAGGGUGGGAGGACGUCCAGAGAGGGAGAGGAAGAGAAACGAGUGGACACAAGAGGAGACAUGCAACGCUACGGAUCAGGACGGUCUGUAUUCACCAGCACCACAACAACAGAGGACCCUGAAGACUUUUCAAGUGAGAGGAGGAUCAGACGCCUCAGGUUAACUCUAGUUGCGGCAGAUGAUGGAAACAAGGAGCCAACAACAGCAAACUCGGAAACGACUGAGAAGGAGAAGGACGUCAGAGUGGCAUGGAAGAAGAAGAAUGGGCUGACCCAAAGAGGCAGGCCAGCUGGCAGGGAGUCUCCUCCGCAGCAGCUCGGAGACAUGACCAAUGGGGCGCAAGAGACCGCGCUGCAGAAUCAUGGGCCCAAAGUGUACGGCGUAGUGCAGAGGACGGGUUCGGACAGACAGCAGGAAGUGAUGGCGCGCGAGUGGUCGGUCAAUCACCUUCAGCGUGAGAUGGAGUACAUCAGGGAGGUGAGGGAUUCUUUAGAGAAGGUGAGAGAGAAGAUGUACGGGCAAUUCGGAGGAAUGCAGCAAUCCAUGCAGAGUCUUACACAGGAGAUCAUGACUGCAAAUUCACAUCGGAGGAGUCUGGAGUCAGAGGUGAGGGUCCGGACGGAAGCCAUGGACAGCUUCGAUCAGAUGAACAGCUCCCUUAUAACUGCUAACAUUGGCCUACAGAAAUCUCUUAUAGAGAACUGUCAGAGAAGAGUGGACACGAGAGACGAUGUGAAGAGUUUCCGCAGCACCAGUGAAAAAACACAAGAACAACUCAGAGAGAAGGAGAAGGAGCUGGAGGCCGCGCAGGUUGAAAACAAGACUUUAAGGCUGCAGGUGGAGUCUGCACAGGAGUCCAACAAUCAGGCGCUGCAGGAGCUUUCAGCAAAGCUACAGCAGGAGUACGAGGAGAAGCUGCAGAAUGAACAGCGGAAUCACAGGGAGGAGAUCGAAAACCUACAAGCCCAACUAGAUGAGUACAUCAGGAGACUGGAGGAGGCCGAGGCAAACAUCAGGAUUGCAGAGGCCAAGAUUGCUGACAGGGACCAGAGGAUCAUUGAACUGGAACGUCUACUUGAGUGUAUGGAGAGGGAAAAGACUCAGUUCCAUAAGAAGCUGCAGGAAUGUGAACAGCGUAUUCGCUUGAUGGAGCUUACAGACACAACUGAUGCAACAGUCGCCAAAAAGUCAAAAGAGCUGCUAUCGGAAUCUGUGGCUCUCCGUGAGAGAAUCAAACACUUGAACGAUAUGGUGUUCUGCCAGCAGAGAAAAGUCAAAGGAAUGAUCGAGGAGGUUGGAUCACUGCGAGCUAAAGUGGCUCAGAAGGACAUGUUCAUCUCAGAGCUUCUGGACAGAAUUGCAAUAGUGGAGUGUGAGAAUAAUGAAUUAGAAGACAAGCUGAAGUAUUUUAUGUCCACACAGAAUAGGCGAGAAACCAACGAGAUAGGAGUAGGGUGCAAUCUGCUCCCUGGACGUGAAGAAAAAAGGCAUGAUGUUGAACCUCCUGUUCACUAUGAAGCAACUAAUCUACAUCCCAUUCAACAACCACCACCUGUUAAACCUACUCCUCCAAUGAAACCUCCAUCAUUCACUCUACCUGUGUUUCCCGAACACCCUCCACCCCCGAUUCAACCUUCAUCCCCCACUUUACCUCCAACUUUGAUACAAACAUCCUCCUCGACACAAUCUUCUCCCUCCAUGCAACCUUCAUCUCCUACAUCCCCCAUUCAAACUCCAUUCCACUCCCUAUUAGCAACCACCCAACCCAGGACGUUCAGGUCUAAUAACCCUCCACCCAGUAGGCUAGACUCCAGUUUACUGAGAUACACUCCUGCGCAAUACAGCCGGUACCUGCAGGCCAACUCCUCUGUACCGGGUGGGACGGUAAGCUACCCCCACCCGUCUGAAUCUGAGCCUGCUGUCAGUCCAGUCCAGUCCGGGAGAGAUGAGGUGGACGCAAAACCAAACACAGACACAAGAUCAAGUCCUGAGGAAUCCACUUCUUCCCCGUCCUCUCAACCAAGAUCACGAGCACCUCAGGUUUAUACAGCGUUCAUGAAACUUAUGGAUAUAACGGCAAAUAUAAACAUAGAUAGACUAACAGUGAUGUCCUCGUCGUGGACAGAGCGGCAGGGACGGGUGGGAGAUCUGGGGAAACAGAGCAAAGAGGAGCUCCAAGAACUGCUUCUGCGACAGGAAAAGAUACUCUCGAACACGAGGUUUUUACAGAGUCUUCCUGACAAAGGGAAAAAGAUAAGAGAAUUUGCAGAGAAAGUGCACCUUGCCAUUGGACACUUUGAUGAAGAUGAGAAGAAACAGAGCCUGGUGUUUGCUGCCAGGAAAGAGUUACAGUCCAAGUACCAACAUGCUUUCACUUCACACCGUGGUGUCCCCAACGCACCCACAGCCUCACAACAACACAGGCAAAGUGAGGCUGCUGCAGGAAAUGCUGUCUCAGCUCAGGUGCAGGAAAGAAACACUUUGGACGAGCAACAGGACAAGUCUGACUCCAGAGAAGCUGCUCGUGAAACCAUGGAGACUGCAGCGGCUGGGGCCUCUCUGAACUCUGAUGAGCGAAAGAAAGACGGGGACCUUGUUGAGGCCUUUGAACGGGUCAGACUGUCUGAAACUACUACUGGUUUAAAAAUCAAAGAACCAGUAAACGUCCCAGCAAGAGACAAUUACUUUCUCAAAAAGCAAAUACCAAAUCAGCCUCACCAUGUUACUCUCCUGGAAAGAACGGAGAACACUUCAGCACCCAGGAAGCAAAGAUUUAAACCAAACCAGCUGCCCGAAAACACUCCAUCAGGAUCCUCAUCACCCAGCCACUCUACUGGAGCCUCAUCACCGCUAUCAGCUCAGGCCAGGAGGGAGCGGGACAGAAAGCACCUGGAUGACAUCACUUCAGCCAAAAUGCCUCCUCUGAUCUACAGUCCGGCCAAGCUUCUGUCUCUGGACGAGUCCGCCUCACUACAGCAGGAUCAAACCAGAAGGCAGCAGGUUAGUGCAGCCCUGCCCUCCACACUCUUAUCUUAUGCAUCCAGUGUGUGUAGGCAGACGGAGGGGUCAGAUAAUUCCAGAAGCACAUUUUCUCUCAAAUGAAAAAUACUCCUUACUAUGCUGGGUAGUAACAUGAUGAAGUAACAAUAUUUGAGUGAAUUACAAAUAUUUGGCAGACCAAAAACAGCCUUGUUCAAAAAAUGAAUGAAAUUACAAGCAAGGAA